AUGGCGUCGCCCUCGCGCACCUCCCCGCCAUCCCCGCGCGGCCCCAACUUCUUCGCGGGCAAUCCGCUGCUGCCACGUAAGCAGGAGAAAGCCAGCGUGGCGCAGCUCCUCAGCCCGCCCGACAGCGUUCCCGCCACACCGCCGCUCCCGCCGCUUUCCUCCCGCCCUAACUCCGCGCUUCCCGGCUCCGCGCCCGCGAAAUCCCCCUUGGGCGUGCUGGCGGUUCUGGACGGGCGUGUCCUCGUCGCCUGGUCGCAGCGCCGCCUUCCAUCCGCCGCUGUCGCUGCCUCCGAUGACGUACCUCCAACGAAGGCUCGGCAAUCCGGGCGUGCAACAGACCCGGUAACAGGUUCGGCAGCAGGUUCGGCAGUAGGCGCGGACGCAUUGGCCUCUGGCUGGUGCCUGGCCUGGCAGCCGCUGUCCUCGUUCGAAGGUGGGAGCAGCAGCAGCGGAGGGGGUAGCAACAGCGGCAGCAGGGUGCGGGAGAAGCUGGUGUAUCUGGGGGAGAGGCUCGGCGCGCCCCACUUCGCCCUCGAAGUGCAACUCGACCCCUCCGCCUCUGCUGCCGCUGCUGCCCAUGCCGCUGCUGCUGCUGCUGCUGCUGCCCCCUCCUCCGCUGCUGGUGCCACUACCGCUGUUGGCCCCACCGCUGCCAAUGCUGCCGCCAGUGGUGCUGCAGGCACUGCCGCAGCAGGGGCGGAAGUGAGAGGAGGGGGAGGAGGAGGAAGAGGAGGCGGGGACGUGGCGGGUCAACGGCUCACUGCCAGCCUGGCAACUCCUGCCACGCCUCCGCCCAGCCCUGACACGCCUGCCGAACCUGCUGUCGAGCCUGCGCUCGCUGCCCCUGCCAAAACUGGCGCAGCCGCUGCCAGCAUUGCUCGCGACGCGACCGCGAAUCAGGCUGCGGAGAACGAGGCAGCACAGGGGAAUGGCAGCAGGGAUAAUGGGGGCAGUGGUGACGGAGGGGGGGGAGGAGAGCGAGGAGAGGGAGGAGAGAGAGGAGCAGGAGGAGGAGGGCGGGGUGAGAGAGGAGGGGGAGGAGGGCGAGGGGAGAGGGAAGGGGGAGGGGUGGUGAUGGUGGCGGGGUAUGGGCGGGCAGUGUUUGUGGAUCUGCGCACGCUCAUGCUCGCCACGCAUCCCCUUGACGCCCAUGCACGCCACGACCUCGCAAUUGCUGGCCAUGCGCGCGCCCUGCUAGCAUGGCAUCGCUCGGCGCGCUUCUGUGGCACGUGUGGGGCGCGCACGGCCCCCUGUGAGGCGGGCAACCGCCGCCUCUGCCCCGUCGCUGCCUGCCGCUCCAAGCUCUACCCACGCAUCGACCCGGUGGUGAUAAUGCUGGUGGUGCAUGCACGGUCGGAUCGAGUGCUGUUGGCACGGCAGCACCGCUUUCCCGACGCCAUGUGGAGCUGCCUCGCUGGUUUCAUGGAGCCCGGGGAGAGUCUAGAGGAGGCAGUGGCAAGGGAAGUGAGGGAAGAGGUGGGGCUGUGCAUCACUCACACGCGCUACCACUCGUCGCAGCCGUGGCCUGUGGGGUUCGGCAGCAUGCAGUGUCAGCUGAUGGUGGGCUUCUAUGCCUUUGUGGACGACACUGCUGUUACCCUCAACACACACGAGCUGCAAGCCAAUGGUGGGCGUUUUUGCAUUCAUCAAUAA